ACUCAAUUUGGAUCUUCAAAAUCAAUCCUCCUCCUCCUCCUCCUCUUCCUCCCUCUCCAUGAAGAAUAAAGUGAUGAACAAGAGAAGGUUCAGGAAAAGUGAAGAACGCAAAAGUGGAAAUGAAGGUAGGAAGGAGAUAAAGAUUAAUGAGGAAGAAGGAAAGCAUCUGACUUAUAGGGGGGUGAGGAUGCGUCAAUGGGGCAAAUGGGUGUCUGAAAUUCGAGAACCUCGAAAGAAAUCCAGGAUUUGGCUAGGGACAUAUCCCACAGCGGAAAUGGCUGCUCGAGCUCAUGAUGUUGCGGCUCUUACAAUCAAAGGCAAUUCUGCUUUCCUCAAUUUCCCUGAGCUAGCUCACCAGCUCCCUCGCCCUGCUAGUGCUGCUCCAAAGGACAUCCAGGCAGCAGCUGCCAAAGCAGCUGCCUUGAGUUACACGAAAGGACAAGAAAGAGUGGAGGAACAGAGUCAGUCUGAUGAAAUUUUUCCUCGCUCUCCAACUAGUAGUAGCACUACUACAAUGUCUCAAGAGCUACCUAGAUCACCCACUGAUGAUGCAUUCAUUGACCUCCCCGAUCUCAUUCUUGAUGUAAAUCAUCAAAUUGAUGAAUUCUGGGAUUCAUUAUCUUCGCAGCUGUUUGAAGCAGUUAACUAUCCUCUCGACGAUCAUGCUGGAUUUAGGUAUGAAGGGUCAUUUUUGUGGGACUAUUGCUAAGUGAAGAAUAAUAAGAGCAGUUGUUUCUUUCAAAUCAAAAUUCAAACAACUAGCUCAUGUUAGAAUUCAACAGAAUUUUGUUGCCCAAAUUGGAAAGCUUUUGAUUCCUUGGAUUGACAUUUGUAAAUACUAGGUAGAUAAAGAAGUUGUUUGCACAUUAAUGAGCAAGGAUAGAACAAGGUUUUGAUGUACUUUUUUUUUCUCUCUUAUUAGUUUGUUGAUAAAGUUCACUACGACUU